AUGCCCUCUGUCGCAGAGCACCUAAAGGCGAAAAUACCGUCAAUUGCAGGUACAAUCCUCGGCGCCGUCGCGUUCUACUUCGUCUUCCAACGUCUCCUCCCCUUCAUCGAUCCUCAAGUCGCCGCACGACAACAAUCAAAGAAAAAAGCGGCGAAGAUUAAGGAGAAGUUGGGAUGGAGGAAGGAUAUGGAGUUGGAUGAGUGGGAGGAGGUUAUUGCUACGGAGGUUAUUGCGCCGGAGGAUAUCAACGUAACAUUCGACGAUAUUGGCGGUUUGGAUGAUAUCGUCGCAAGCCUGAGAGAAAGCGUAAUCUACCCCUUGACCUUCCCCGAACUCUUUCAAACAACCUCCGCCUCCUCCCCCCUCUCCGCAGCCCCGAAGGGCGUCCUCCUUUACGGUCCCCCCGGCUGCGGCAAAACCAUGCUCGGCCGCGCCCUGGCGAAGGAGAGCGGUGCGACAUUCAUCAAUGUCCAUAUCUCCACCUUGACAAACAAGUGGUUCGGGGAGUCGAAUAAAUUGGUGAAGGCACUCUUCGGGCUCGCAAAUAAGGUACAGCCGGCGAUCAUCUUCAUCGACGAAAUUGACGCGUUUCUGAAGAUGAGGGGAGGGGAGGGGGAGCAUGAGGCUAUGGGCAUGAUUAAGGCGGAGUUCAUGACGCUGUGGGAUGGGCUUCUGUCCUCCACCACAGACAGCCGGAUUAUUGUGUUGGGCGCAACGAAUCGGCCAAAUGAUAUCGAUGCAGCAAUCCUCCGCCGCAUGCCAAAACGAUUCGCAGUCCGUCUCCCCGACGCCGCACAACGCGAAAAAAUCCUCCGACUCCUACUGGAAGACACCAAACUCGACCCCGCCUUCUCCUUCUCCACAAUCACGUCCCGCACCGCCGGCCUCUCCGGUUCCGAUGUCAAAGAACUUUGCCGUAACGCAGUCCUCGCCCCAAUCCGGGAUUUCGUGCGUCAGAAUAGUGGUACCGGUGUGGGCGCGAGAGGGAUGGAUAUCGAGCAUUUGAGGAAGAGUAUGGCGGGGGGAAAGGUGGAGUUGAGGGGGUUGAGGACGGAGGAUGUGUUGGGGGGGCUGGGGGAGAUGAGUGUUGUUGGGGAUAGUGGGUAUGGGUUGAGUGAGAUGAGUGAGUUGGUCGAGGAGAUGGAUUAA